CCCUCUCCUUCUUCCUCCUCUUCUCGUCCUCUUUUCCAGACCAACGCCGCCCUCACACUCUCUCGGCCCUUCUCCUCCCUUCUCACCUGUAAACUCGACGAAAACGAAAGAAAAGAAGAAAAAGAUCGCCUUCUUUCUCUUCUCGUCUCGCUGGCCAUAACCGACCCAGAAGCUUAAAGAAAGGAAAGAACCUUUUGGUUCUUCCAUCUCCAAACCUCGAGCAGACAGACCCCACAAAACCUAUCCCAUUCCGAUGUGCUUCUCCUCUCUCGGCGUGGGACAGAGAACCAAACCACGACGACCCUAAAUCAAUGGGUUCGCUCAGGAUAAAGGGAGAGGAAGGAGGAGAGUGGGCUUCGCCACCGAGGCAACCGUUGCCGUCGGCGAUAGACUCCGCCGGACUCCCGCAGUUCCUUUUCUCGCUUGGUGUGUGGUGAGCCUUGAGUGGCCCUUUGAAGAGGUGGCUGAUACCGACUUGCAGGAGGAAGCAGGCU